CUCGUUGAACUCAAUAACUUUGGUGUAAAAAGGUGUGCCUUUUUUAGAGGAUCGGUUCCUGGCAGCAGGUGCUCUCCUUUGCAAACAACGUAUCGAACGUGAUGUGGAACACCAGAAUAGCAUCGGGUGCAGCAGCUAGCACACGUAGCGCUGCAUUACAUCCAAAUGGCAUUCCGCUCUUUGCUAUCCCAGCAGCUCCGAGGCUUUACAGAAACAAGGGAAACAGACAGAGUGCAACACCUCAAGACGUGAUCGAAGCCCAGGUGGAACUAUCAGGAGAUGAUGCUUUUGCGGAGUUGGUUCACAUGGCCAUACAAGUGGAUCCUUCCCUGGCAGAGCAGGGAUCCAAGGCGCUGGCUGGUGCACGGGGAGAAGCUGCCAGCGUUGUGGGUCAGCACCUUGCAUCACACCCCACUGCUAGCUCAAUUUCUUGCCAGUCGCAUCCCUUUUCUGAACAGAUUUGAACGCAUAAUUUGCUGCUCGACAUCUUGAAUUGCGACUGCAGGACCUCAUGUGGAGCAGAUGCCAGGGUCAAACAAGCCAGGCUGGUUGAGGCAGCGGGCGCCACAGGGGGAGCGCUAUGAGUACUUGAGCGACUCUCUGCGCACUCUCGAGCUGCACACUGUGUGCGAGGAGGCCCAGUGCCCAAAUCUGGGAGAGUGCUGGAAUGGCAGCACUGGCACAGCCACCAUCAUGCUGCUAGGUGACACUUGCACCCGCGGUUGCCAAUUCUGCGCGGUCAACACAGCGCGCACGCCCGCGCCGGCAGAUGACGACGAGCCGGAAAAUACAGCCAAGGCGAUUGCGGAGUGGGGAGUGGGCUACGUGGUGCUGACCUCGGUGGACCGGGACGACAUUCCGGACGGCGGCGCGGAGCACUUUGCGCGAACGGUGCGCACGCUCAAAUCGCUGCGGCCGGACAUCCUAGUGGAGUGCCUGACCCCCGACUUCCGGGGGGACCUGGCGGCCGUGCGCCACCUGGCGGCCUCGGGUCUGGACGUCUACGCGCACAACGUGGAGACUGUGGACCGGCUGCAGCGGAGGGUGCGGGACGCGCGCGCGGGCUACGUGCAGAGCUUGGAGGUGCUGAAGGCGGCCAAGGAGUGUGGGGUGUACACCAAGUCCUCCAUCAUGCUGGGCCUGGGCGAGACAGAUGAUGAGGUCGUCGACACCAUGCUCGACCUCAGGGAUGCAGGCGUGGACAUUCUCACAUUUGGGCAGUACCUGCAGCCGACUCCCAAGCACCUGGAGGUCACUGAGUUUGUGACGCCCGAGAAGUUUGAGCACUGGCGCAAGUACGGCGAGGAAGUGGUUGGCUUCAGGUAUGUGGCGUCAGGACCCCUGGUGCGGUCGAGCUACCGCGCUGGCGAGUUCUUCAUCGAAGCCAUGAUCAAGGGCGAUGCUGCAAAGCAUUAG